AGGGUGCGUCAGCAAUCGACAGCUGUCCAAAUUACCUGACUGUAAUGCAGACGGGUGGUUCAACCAACGGAGGAUGUAUAUCUACAAAUACGAGCAUCAGUGGUGACAGGAUUUUUGGGGGCUAGUGACAUCGCCAGUGGCUCGAAGCUCACCUGCACCGUUAAGUUGAUUGUUUACAAAAAGUGCGAAACGUCAAUGGACUCAGCGGGUGCAAACUGUUGGAGCGAGGGGAAGAUGGAAAUUUCUCUCAAUCUCAGACAUCAAGAUUCCUGGCGAUGGACCUGCACAGGUCCGAAGUCAACUGCAGAUAAACCAUGGUGUAGUGGUAGAUCAUCAGAUGGUGGUGGACAAAAAAGAUCCUCUGUACGUUGUGAACAUCAAGCGUGCAAUCGCCUCCCAGCUCCAGCUGCCUAUCCUCCCAGCCGACAAAUAUGACGACAUCGUUGUUCAGCAUGAUAUAUUCGGAGCUUGUCCCACACGCUUCACCUUCUCCGCGGAUGAGAAGAAUGUGAUCACCACCACCCGUGACCUCACCAUGUGUCAGAUGCCUCAGGUGCAGGGUAGUCAGCUAUCCUUGCUAUCAUUCGUCAAGAACUUUCAGCUUAAUGUGCUUGAGGGUAAUACAGACGAGAUGAUUUACCCGUUCCGUUCAGAGGUGAACUGCACGUACAAGCUGAGCGGCAACAGGAGGAUUGAGUCGUCGGAGUGCGCGCAGCACGAGACCUUCCAGCCUUUCAUUUCUGAUGGACCAUCUCAGACACAUCCCGUGGCCUCGGUCAAGCAGCUGCUGACCCUGGAAUCGGUUGUCUCCGUCCCCAGAAUAAACGCGCCAUGAGUCGCGGGCUCCAGGGUCGGGACAUUGUGGAUCUCAGCAUGACAUUCGAACAGACUGAAGAACCAGAAACCAUGGCGCCUAAGAUCUUCUCACAGCUCAACAGCCUCAUGAACACGUACUCCGCGUUGUCGCAAGAUUUGCCGCCGGUCAACUUCCGGGCGUUGGUGAACCUGAUGAGAAACGCCAAGGAGAGUGUUUUGGAGGAAGUCCUCGACUCUCUAAUCUUGUGCCGCUCCUCUGCACUCCUUUGUCCCCUUAAAGUGAAUUCUGGAGAUAUGAAGCCAUCUCUCCUGCAGGACAUUUCGGAGACGUUUUUUUGGACGGGCUGCUGUCAUGUGGUAGUGACGCAUGCGUUGCCACGUACGCCACCUGCCUGCAGCGCGGUCUCGUUGGUGACGUAGCUGGAGGUGUCACACUUUUCAACAUGGCUUUAUUCUAUGCGCCGUCGCCAGCUGUUGUGAAGAAGAUCUUUGAGUUCUGCAAGGUGAAAUCCACAAGAACCUGUUGGCUGUCCCUUGGAAGCCUGGUCAACAAACUGUCCAACAGCGUGAGGAACAACAACAACCGCAACUACGUGAAUGAGGGGAAGAAGGUCUUGAAAGAGAUCCUACAGCACCUGCGUGCUGGGAUGGGAGACACCUGCCGUCUGACCAGCCUGGACCCCGCCACACAGCACUACACGCUUGCUUCCCUGCUGGACACAGUCAAAACAUUGGGAAACGCCGGGGAUGCCAUCCAAAUGUUUUACGACAACGAAUCAAAGGAUGGUAAAGGACUGGUGCCAGCCUUGAUUCGGUGUUUGAAAAAUUCAGCCCUUCCUGAGAAAAUUUCUCGGGCUGUUAUUUUGGCUAUGGGAAAGCUGGAGCUGAACAAGGAAUUGCAAAAGGUUUUCAUGGACCUUUUAUCUGAUGUCAUGCGACCUUCGUCUCUCCGAACUGUUGCGUUUGAUUAUCUACUUCGCCUGGAGGACGAGACCAGUGUCCGGGCCUUGCUGCAAGCCAUCCAACAGAGCAAAUGACCAGCUUGAAGUUUUACAUGGUCACGCGACUCAUCCACCUACUGGAGUCCAAUCUUCCUCACGCAUUCAGCCUGCGUUCUCUCUGGCGGAAAGUUAUGAAGGAACAGAGUUUUCAGCUUCCUGUGAUAGAAGAGCUUAGAGGCAGGGGCUCCCACCAUGGCGAGUUCUCCUUCCACACGGAGGUUCCUGUGUCUAAGAUGCCUGCCGGCGCUAAAUUUGUCAUCAACGUCGUCUACGACCCCUCUAGAAUCGUCUUCAGUUCCGUGAGGGUCUCUCUGACCAUCACUAUCGGCAACUUCUCCCAUGAGCUGGUGGACAUCGGGCUCGACGUGCAAGGUUUUGAAAACAUCGCGCGUGAGUUCUUGGGCCCAGAAUUUCAAAUGGAGAGAUGUCCAGCCCGGAGCGCUCAUUGCCAAAAUUAUGCAAGCCGUUCUGUCAAAACCAGGAAGGUGCCCACAUUCUUCUUCGAAGACAAGACUGUCGUUCAAGCUCUUCAAGAACUGUUUCAGCGAGUCAAUAUGCCAUCCGGAGAUUCCCCGCAAGCACAGCUACACAUUCGCCUGUUAGGAAGUGACGUGGGAUUCUUAGACCUGGAAGACUUUAUUGUCAUUGUCAAAGAAGCCAUCAAUCCACAAAGUGACAAAAGGCCAGGGAGGUUCCAGAAUUUGAUGCAAAAUAUUGCCCGAGGCAUUAAUCUUUUCAUUGGAAAGUCCCAGAAGAUGGUGGAGGCGAAAAAGAUCAUUCCGACGGUAGCCGGCCUGCCCUGGCACGUGCAAAUAGACGGCACGAUGGUGGCCUCCGCCAUGCUCAAUGUCACCAACGACAUCAGCAAGUUCCGCAAGGGUGAUGGGCCCUUAGAGAGCCGCGGAAGACUGAAAGCGAGUGUGGCAGUGGCUGUGUCGUGUCGUGGUGCAGUGCACUUGGGGAAUUUCUCAAAAUCCGGAGUCCAGUUCAACUUGUCGGUUCUUGUCAACGGAGAGACGGGCGGUCGACUGAAGCUUUAUUUCGUGCCAGAACGCAAGACAACGCCACGUGCCCAGGUUCUAGAGUUAGGGCUCGAGGCCCCGAAACACGCUAUUAACAUCUUUAGCAUCAGGAGUGACCUGUUCACCAUCCACAAUGACAAGUAUCGCACGGUGCUGACCCCAGCCACGCAGCGACAGGUCCAGCUGUGCGCCCCUCAGUUCGUGCAGCGUUGGUCUGGCCAACGUCCGUGUCUCAGCGGGUUCUACCAGCAAACCAACGGACUGUCUCUGACUCCAUUUCCCCUGCUGUCUGGACCAGUCUAUCUUGAUGUCCGCAUCAUACCGGCAGACAGAGCCCUGAAGGAAUACACGGCGGCUUUCACGAUGACGAGGGACAGCACUGGGAUACAGGCACGAAAGCAAGUCUUCAAGGCUGACUUCUCUGCUCUAGGUGAGGAAUUGAAGCGGCAGUGUCACAUUAAGGUGGAGUCGAUCCACUGACUAUGAACGUUCACGUGGACGGUGCUGUGCCUGAGGUGGGUCUGCAGUACGACUUUGAACUUCUGUCAAAUCAAACCGGAAAUGACACGUCGAACCACCGCAAGCUGUCGUCAGUCUUGUCUCUUCAGUCGCGAAUAAUGCAUUCUUUGAUUCUAGAG